UAAAGCCCUCGAGAGAUGCAGCAUGGUGCUGUAAAGGAUACUUCCGGCAUUACAACAACGGGCCAUUUUCUGACCAACGACCGCUUUGGCAGAGGAAAGGAGAACCGUUAGUGAAUCAUCUUACUGAAGUUUCUGGUGAGGAAUAUUUUCUUGCAAGUUCUUCAGUUUUGAUUUAAGUUUCCCGAGCGAGGAGAGGACAAAAAAAUCUGCUUCGGUACUUUGGGAUGUCAAGGACGAAAGAAGUGCCGGUGUAUACACGUGGGACUGUGGGACAGAAGACUGAGAAGGCUUCGGAGUCAGGACUGUGAGGUUUGUGCGACUUCAACCACACAAUAAGGCAUUCGCGUUUCGUAGACGUCAGAAAAGCCUCUGUGAAGCGAAGAGUGGCCUUUAUUUAUUUACUUCGAGAUAGAAAUGAUAACACAACACUCGACUUUGGAGUGUUUCAGGAAGUAAAAGAAAAAAAAAAACGACUUGAAGAUUACCCGCUGCGUCGUUGGUGCGCUAUCGGGAGUUUGCUUUAUUAUUUUUUAAAGGACUGGAAACAUUGACGCAGGUAAAUAUGCCGUCAAAGGAACGCCGCGACCUGACGCCUUCACGGGGGUAACCCGUGCCGAUAGCGCGCCCGGGUGAUUGCUUAAAAGCACGUGCGCUGUUUAGUCGCACCUCGAUUAACCCCCGCCACGCCGAACAUUGGCGGUGGCUUUUGCACUGCGAGCGCCUCUUGCCGACAACAAAGAGUGCGUGGGUUUUCUUCAAGACCACAUAGUGAUCGCAGUUGUGCCCUUGUAAGGGAAGAACCGAGACCUCGUGCGUAGCAAGAGACGGGGAGCUCGGAGGUAGUACUCGAGGCCCGAUGGUAUUACUCAGGUUUGCGCAUUCAUUUUUCACUGCGAACAAGGCUCCCGUGCGGGAGCCGAAACGUCUUGCUUUUAUCUGAACCUUCAUGGUCGGCGUACAUUUUAAUUGUCCACCGCUCAGAGGUAUUACUAUAGUUCGAGGAGCUUGGAGGUAUUACUUUAGGUUUCAAAUAUCGCGAGAAUCCAGAUAGUGCGCGUCAGUGUAGUUGGAGUGUUGGGACACUGAACGCCGCACUGCCUGUUUGUCAUAGGCAGUGGUCGCGAGGGCACAUCAUUUCAUUGGCGUACUGAAAGAAUAGUCCUAAAUCGGGAGACGUCAGCCCACGCGAAUACGUCGAGAUGGACGUCACGAGUGUUAUCGGAGACUAUGGCAAGUUCCAGAGGAACGUCUACCUCUUCUGCCUCCUCAGAGGUGUGCCCAACGGUCUUCAUCUGGUCAUAUACAGCUUCUUCCUGCCCACGGUCGAACACUGGUGCGCGAGGCCUGACGGUUUUGCCGCGAACGUGACGUCCGAGCAGUGGAAGUCUCUGGUGCUCCCGAACUCAACGGCCGAUGCUUAUAGGUCUUCGCUUAGCAGUGGUCGCUGCCGGAUGUUCGACGUCGAGCUCUUCGCCAACGACACUCCGGUUUUCGGUAAUCAGACGGUGCGCUGCAACCGGUGGGAAUACGGAGAGAGCUAUUACCGGAGUUCUCUGGUGCAAGAGUGGGACCUGGUGUGCGAGCGAGCAUGGACCCGGAGUCUGGUGCAGACGGCCACCAUGAGCGGAAUGCUUGUGGGCACGCUGGUGUCGUCACUGGGUGACAGGCUCGGACGAAGACCCAUGGUGAUUGCCGGCUACGUGGCCAGCUUCGUCGGUAGCGUCUGCGUGGCGGUGUCCCCGUGGUUCUCGAUUCUUUUGUUCUCGAGAGGCAUUCUGGGUCUCGGCUUGGGACUGGGUCAGGCCGCUUCUUUCUGCCUCCUGAUGGAGGUAAUCGGUCCCCAGAAGCGGACAACCGCGGCCCUGGCCUUCAGCGUCGGUUUUGCCAUCGGCAUCAUCAUGCUCCCGGGCUUUGCCUGGUUCCUCCAAGACUGGAGGAGCCUUCAGGGCGCCAUCAGCGUGCCCCUCCUGGUCUUCGUAGUUUGGUCAUGGUACUUGCCCGAAUCUCCCCGCUGGCUGAUAGCAACUGGAAAAAUGGAUGAAGCUCGAAAAGUCAUACUCAAAGCCUGCGCUGACAACAGACAGCCAAUUGACGACAUAGACUCUCUUCUUGGUCAACUGAGAAAGAAAAUCCUGCAGCAAGAGCAAGCGGCCGAAAAGAAGGCCAGUUGCUUGGACCUCGUCAGGAGUCGAAGGGUCUUUGUCUACACCUGCAUUCUGGUAUACGCAUCUGCGGCGAGUGGCAUGAUCUUCUACGGCCUGCAGCUCUCGGUGACCAAUCUGGGUGGUGACCCCUACCUGACGUUCGUGAUCGCCGCCGUCGCAGAGUUCCCCGUGGCCGUCAUCUGCUACGCGGCCAUCAGGUGGUGUCCGCGACGAUGGACCAUGAUCGCUGUGUACGGCAUCACUGGCGUAUGCGCGUUCGCCGUGGCAGUCCUGCCUCCAGUGUGGGUGGUGCCACGGCAGAUGUUCGCCAUCGUUGGGAAGAUGAUGGCAUCCGCUUCGCUCACCCUGGCCUGGAUCUACGCGGCAGAAGUGUUUCCGACCCUGUACAGGACGGUCGGUGUCAGCGCCUGCCUAAUCGGCACGAGAGUGGGCUCUUCGACCGCGCCGUUUUUGUUGGAACUGAGAACCUACCUGACUGACGCUGUCCCCAUGGGUACUCUGGCCGGCGUCUCUGCGCUCGGUUCCGCACUGAUGCUUUUGCUGCCGGAGACGCUCAGAGUUACGCUACCGGACACCAUACGGGAGUCCAAGAAGCUGGGAGAUUCUAGGAAGUCAGAGAAGGACUCGUUCCCCAUGGAUGUUACAGCCGACAUGAAGCUCAAACUUCCGGUAACGGAACCGGCUAUGAUUGACGAGGACAUCAAGCAUUGAGCUUCUACCUCGCAGGAUCUAUAUCGCCGUGGCUUCACCACGAUGAUGCCGUGGCAGCGGCGAAGAUGACCACGUCACCACCAGUUCCACUACCCUGUCCUGCGAUGGGCAUAUUGAACUGAGCGUUGAAGGUUGAUAUGGCCGUGUGCCGUGUUUUCAACAGGGGGCAGAGAUGUAGGUGAACAUUUAAAGGGCCCCUAAACAACCCCGGAAAAUACGAAGGACGAGCGCGUUAUUCUCUCGUGGUAUUUGCCAUCUUUACGACACAAUUGGUGACGCUGGCAGUCCGCUCACGUGACGUCAUGAUGAAAUCAGCUCUCCAUUGGUCCGUAUACGAGGGAUAUCAGUUCUGAAUGGUUUCCUACCCCGCUUUCGUCGGCAGCAGUUCUGCCUUGUCUGGCAUGACUAUCGCGCGCAAUUAACUGAUUUCACUUCGUUUUGCGCGUGUUCAACUGUGCAAGCGGAGGUAACAGCGUGUAGCCGAAAGGCGCGAGAUCCUGAUAGUCUCGAUGCUUAGUACUGACGUUGUCCACGUGUUUUAUGAGGAACUAAGUGGCGAGGAGGAGAUAGCACCUGUAGGAACGGUAGUGAAGGCGAGAAACUGCUCUCUCGCCUCAAAACUCGAAGUUGUUUAGGGGCCCUUUAAAAAAUAUGUAGACCAUGAAUGCAAACGGUAAUACGCCGGACGAACCACAGCGCCUCGAAAAAGCGGUGUUACCACUUAACCCAACCUAACGUAACGUAACCUAUGUGAAUUAUGGAGAAUGUUUUGUGUAAGUGCUAACAAAACUAAAAAAAGACGUCAAAGACAGCUAGCACAACUAUAGUUCGUGAGGCGGACUACUCGAAACAUCCGAUAUUAUACGCAGCCGCAAAACACUCCCUGAACAGCUUAUAAAUAACCAUAUGCAAAUAUUUUGCGGUAUUCGCUGUGCAAUUGAAUUGAACAGUUUUAAAUGCCUUAAAUUUAUGUCAACCCUCCACGGUGGUCUACACUGCAAACGGGUUUGAGCCUUUUAGGGAGUUUCGGGCUCGACGCAUAACGUGCAUCCAAAAGGUACUACGCAAAACCCCCUUCAAAACGAGGUUCAAAAGGAGGUUUUAUUUACAUCCUUUAAGGGAGUGAUUAGACGGAACUAAGGAGGUAAAUUUGUGUUUUUAUUGAACUCAUUUUGAGGGCUUGAACGGAGCGCAUUGGAAGUUUUUCUGGUUCUUUUGAGAGCUUUUAAAGCCUCCUUUUGGAGGUAAAGUUGGUGUUUUUAUGUAAGCCAUUAUGGGGGCUUGAACAGAGCGCAUUGAGAGUUUUUCUCCUUCUUUUGAGAGCUGUUAAAACCUCCUUUUAUACGAGGCCCUAGAGCGGUCGCGAAAUGAAAAAAAAAAGUAUAUUUUAGGCACUAUAUUCGUUUACCGGCGAAUUUCCGCUACUAUUCAUCACUACGACAUAAUAGAAAACGGACACCAAAGUAUUCAUGCACAAACAUGACAUUUGCAUACAAGCACGCACGACACAGGAAUCGAACUCGCGACCACACGCACUCAAAGCAAGCACUAUCACCAUUACACCACAGCGCCACCACUAGAAAGGUUGCUUUUUUCGUGGGCUUAUAUAUGUACCAAUGUAUGUACAAAGCGGCUGGUAACCCGUCGGCACAACUCCGAACUUCUGUUCUUGUACCAUCGGCGUGUGUUUGCUCUUGCGGAAGGUCAAUACAUAAUUUGUGGGGCGUCAUGCAAGCCGAGCCGAUCGACGUAAACACCCUCGGCUCCGAAUUCUCCGGUUCACCGUGUCGUGCCGCUAGAAAAAUUAUAAACGUGUGCCCUCUUCGCUCGCGCUAAAUUCGUGAAUACCAGCGUGACAAAGGUAUCUUCAGAUGAGCGAUCGUAUGUGCAUUCCAUGAGCGUAUGCUGUGGAGCAAUUUUCGUUA